UUUCUUUUACUUGUAAUGUUAAUCCUGUUGUCUUUUUAUCUUGUCUGUGUUUUUACUGUGCUUGAACAUCCUGCCCAGGGACUACAGGUGAAAAUUAGCUAUUUAGCUAACCCUGGUAUAGAAGCUAUUCUAUGCAUGGUCCCUGUCAAACAAAACCAAUAAAUAAAAUGCUACACUUUUGGUGAAGUUUUUUGAAAAAAUGAGUUUGGCGAUUAUUUUAACAGGGUGACGAAGUGAACUUGCUGAUGCUGUUCAAACGUUAAGCAGACCCGCGAUGCUUUUAUUGUGAAAGGUAAUACCGGGACCUCUGUUGUUUGUGCAGCCGCUUCGACAGGUCAGGAGCCCAACGUGGAGGAGAGGAUGUGGGUAUGCUGACAUCUGCAAGCCAGAGGUUUCCCUGGAAGACAACCGCAGUCAGGCUGACAAACAACGGCCAAAGCAACCUCGAAGACACGCCGAGAUAUGUAACUUGUUUUCAAGAGUCCCGUGUCCUGUAGGGCACCCCGAAGCUCAGCCGGUCACGGUGCCUCCCCGGGCUUCCGUCAUGAGGGGACGUUUCUCUCGAAAACUUGGUGUGCUGGCCAAGGCUGGCUUCCUGCUCUGGGUGCUGUGGCUGGGCUACCUUCUGUUGGAACGCUCCUCUUUUCCCUCACCUUCCUCAUCGGAGGAGGAAGAUGACGACCACAAUGUUUUGGACAGACGGCUCGCCAUAGAGGAGAACGGGGCUGAUGGGCAGCUGGCUAGGCCCCUCUAUGUGAAGCAAGCACCGGACAACAAUGCACCGGGGGAGUGGGGUAGGGCCACACACCUCAAUCUCAAUCCUGAUGAAAAGAAACUGGAGCAGGACAGUGUGGAGCGCUAUGCUAUCAAUAUCUAUGUCAGCGAUAAGAUUUCCCUCCAUCGACACAUCAAGGAUCACAGGAUGAAUGAAUGCCGAAGUAAGAAGUUUGACUACCGACGUUUACCCACAACCUCUGUGAUAAUAGCGUUCUACAACGAGGCCUGGUCCACCCUGCUGAGGACUAUUCACAGUGUCCUGGAGACCACGCCUGCCAUCCUGUUGAGAGAGAUCAUCCUCAUUGAUGACUACAGUGACCGAGGCUACCUGAAAUCCAAACUGGCUGAAUACAUCAGUAAUCUGAAUCGUGUGCGGCUCAUUCGCACCAACAAGAGGGAAGGUCUGGUCCGGGCACGUCUCAUUGGUGCCACCUACGCCACGGGUGAUGUACUGACAUUUCUUGAUUGUCACUGUGAGUGUGUCCCCGGCUGGAUUGAGCCUCUGCUGGAAAGGAUCGGUGAGAAUGCCAGCACCAUUGUGUGUCCUGUGAUCGACACCAUCGACUGGAACACCUUUGAGUUUUACAUGCAAACGGACGAGCCGAUGAUCGGAGGUUUUGACUGGAGGCUCACCUUUCAGUGGCACUCAGUUCCCGAAGUGGAACGCAGGAGGCGCAAGUCUCGCAUUGACCCCAUCAGGUCUCCGACAAUGGCAGGUGGAUUAUUUGCUGUGAGCAAGGCCUACUUCGAGCAUCUGGGCACAUAUGACAUGGGCAUGGAGGUGUGGGGAGGAGAAAACCUGGAGCUCUCCUUCAGGGUGUGGCAGUGCGGGGGCAGCCUGGAGAUUCACCCCUGCUCUCACGUGGGCCACGUGUUCCCUAAAAAGGCCCCUUAUGCACGGCCCAACUUCCUCCAGAAUACCGUUCGAGCUGCAGAGGUUUGGAUGGACUCUUAUAAACAACACUUCUACAACAGGAAUCCCCCUGCCAAAAAGGAGACCUACGGGGAUGUUGCAGAGCGCCUGCUGCUGAGGGAGAGGCUGAAAUGCAACAGCUUUGACUGGUAUCUGAAGAAUAUCUACCCUGACCUACAUGUACCUGAGGACAGGCAGGGCUGGCAUGGAGCGGUGCGUAGCUCAGGGAUACACUCUGAGUGUCUGGACUACAACUCCCCAGAGCAUAAUCCCACAGGCGCCCACCUUUCUCUGUUUGGCUGCCACGGCCAGGGAGGCAACCAGUACUUUGAAUACACAACUGAAAGGGAGAUCCGUUUCAACUCGGUGACGGAGCUGUGUGCUGAAGUGCUGGAUGGACAGAUCUCCAUCGGUAUGAGGCACUGCCCUCAUGACGGGGAGAUCAGACCUCCCAGUGUCAUCUGGGACUUCAGAAAGGAUGGAACCAUCCACCACCCUCACUCAGACAUGUGUGUGACGUCCUACCGCACACCUGAGGGCCGCACAGACACCCAGAUGAGGCGGUGCACGCCGGGGGACAAAAACCAGCAGUGGAAGUUUGAGUGGUAGUAGGAGAGGAGAGAGAAAAUAGCAAGAAAAACCUCAAGUGACCUUCUUUUACCAUAGUGCAAUUACUACAGUGGAUGUCUUCUCUCCAAGACUGCUCUCCAUUUGAAUGGGAAUGGCGAGCAAAUGAAAGGUGGUGAAACAGUCACUUUAAGCCAAUGAAUCACCCAAUUCAGAGCUUUUAUACCCAUGUGAAUGAGCGAAUAAGAGCGGAUUGCGGCGGAGUGAAUGGGAAUUGCAAGGCGAGGUUUAUUUGGUCUUUUUAAGGAGACCGGCUGAACUGGAGACUUUUUUUUUUUUCGUGUUGCUUUCAUCCAAGUGCCUCUGCAACCAAAAUGGAGUUCAGCGCACCUCUGAAGUGUCAUCAUCUUCACUUGUUCUUUCAUCUAAAGCAAAGACUUGAAAGCAGUGAAAAUUCAUUUGACUGUCCAGCGCAGGAAGAAG